AAUACACAUACAAAGUAAACAGUGAAUUAUUUCGUAUUUGGACAUGGAGCUUCAUAAUGUUUUUGUUUGAUUGGUUUAGAAGUAUACUGCAGUAUUUUGGUUUUAUUAACACGAAAUGCAACUUGCUUAUCCUAGGACUACACGAUGCAGGAAAAUCCACUCUCCUGAGUCGGCUGAAAGAUGGACGUCUAGUUCAACAUACACCAACAAAUCAUCCCUGGUCAGAAGAGUUUACAGUUGGUAAAGUGACAUUUGAAGUGUAUGAUCUAGGAGGUCACAUAUUAGCACUAAGUUUUUGGAGAAGAUAUAUCCCAGCAGUUAAAGGUAUAGUGUUUAUUGUUGAUGCUUCGGACUCUCAGUCACUACCAGAGGCGAGACAAGAAUUAACUAGUAUCCUAACAGAUGAAGAUGUGUCUGAUGUACCGGUUCUUGUUCUUGGUAACAAAAUAGACAAAAGAGGUUGCUAUGGUAAAGAACAACUUAUCAAAGAGCUUGGAAUAGAUCAACAUUUAUCUAACAGUGUAAAUACAGAAGACAAGUCCGGAAUCAGACCAUGUACCUUAGUAAUGAGCAGUCUUUUACACCAAACAGGUUAUGGCGAUGGUUUGAAAUGGAUGGCCACACAAAUUCAUGAAGAAGACCGAAUAAAUAACAAUUCAACCACUGUGACAGUAACAUCUUCUUAAUAGCGGGGCCUCGGUGGCCAAGUCUAAGUAGUUCAUCUACUGGAUCACUAGCAUGUGACACUCACGUGGCAGGUGCGUUCGACUCCGAUCUUAAUUGAUUAGGAACGUCAGUUAUUUUGCCGAAGGAAGGUGAUUCUCUUCGGGCACUCUGGCUUCCUCCUCCAAGUAAAACUGACAGAAAGUGGCGUUGAACACAUACAAUCAAUCAAUUAAUCAUUUUUUUCAUAUAUAUACAAAUAUAUAUAUACAAGUCUAAAUUGAAAACAACGUUCAAACCUAUGAUUGCGUUGGAUAAAAACCGCAAUUUUUAUACGUGUGCAUGCAAAACAAAUUUCUUGUUAGAGGGGUCUAAAUACAGCACAAACAACAUUUUCCAAAAGACCAAAAAAGUGAAAAAGUAUAUUUUAACAAAACGCAUUUGACUAACAGGUCGAA